AUGAUGCACAAACAUACCAAGCCCAUCGGCCAGCGCAAGGUCUCGCCGCCGGGCCCAAGCUAUAUGAACAACGACCAGAUGGCAAACUACUUAAAAGACCUCCGAACCAACCGCCCAGCUCGACCAACGGGAUCACGACCGUACCCGGGCAAAUCCAUCGCAUCAUCUCCUGAACUCGAGGACAGCCUGCCUCCACGCGCAGCAUCUGCAUUCGCCAUGUAUCGAACCUCUGAAAGCCCUUCUAAAGAGGAACCCCGCUGUGGAAGCGCCAUGUCCCACCGUCGCGCCAACUCCACUGCCGCCGAAGGUGGUCCAACCGGACGCCCUUUAGCCCAAGAACCACGAUCAGUCUCGGUGCGAAAAAACGUGUUUCCCUCACAGGUCUUCUCGCGCCCCGUUGCAGCAUCGCCAGUUCCCUCUUAUCGGUCUUAUCGCGAAAGUAAACACCGGCAGGAGGAGAAGGAGGAGGCACGGGAGCUACGCGACGCGCUACAGGGGUUAGAUGUGGAAGAUGAUGUUCGAUUGCACCAGGCAGCUCAGGAUGAGGCGACGGAGUUGGUGUGGAUGCAUCAGAAUCCUGGCAUGGCCUACAAGAACCCAUAUGCGCCUUAUCAUAACCCAGACGCCACGGAGAGAGAGCCUUCUAUCAAAAGCCAGACCCGGAAGGGCUCCGUACCAAGCUCUUCCCCGAUCAAGCACCGCCAUUCGAUUGCCUCGAGUGGUUCCUCGAGUGGACCUUCGAGUCCCGAGUUCGCAGAGUCACCCGCCAAGAGGCGCUCGUCUCUCGCUGGGAACUUGAAAAAGAAUCUCAAAGUCAACUUCGCCCUACCUGAAGAGGAGAAACCAACACCUAAACCCCGUACCGUGAGUGGUGAUUCCUCCAAGGGAGUCUUCCGGAAUCCAGAGGACCAUAUCUACGAGGAGCCCGAGGUGACGGACCCCAAGCCCGACUUCUCCAAGUCUGACUCCUCGGUCCUGCGAAACACACCGCGCAAUGCCCUCCCACGACUCGGCAAGCCGCUGCCCUGGCUACAGGGUCGGAAUACCAAUGGUUCAGUACGCGACAAGAUCUCCCAGUUUGACAUCCACAAGAACCCGCCAAGUCAGUCCAAUAAUCCAGGGUAUACAAAGAAUGAGCCCGUUGCACCAUCACCUCCCAGCAAGAAUGAAGAGCCCGUCCCCAUGAAGGACGGAAAGGAAAUCCGCAGCGACGAUAUCCGAGCUGCAACCAGCAAAAGACUCAAGGACCGCAGUGAGAACUUGCCCAUGCCUUCCGCAGUCAGUAACCGCAUGGGCAGGCCCAUCGUGAGCUUUGAUCCGAAAUGGAAACCAAGCGACCAGCCUAAGCCCAAGCCGCAAGCACCAACAGUGGCUCCUCCAGUCCCCAGCAUCACGGUAGCUCCCAGUAUUGAGAUCUCUGAGCCACAGCCUCCUCCACCAAUCCCAGUCAUCAAUAUCCCCGAUAUCAAGGAACCAACGAUAUCCGAGAUGAUCGAGCCAGCCCGGGAGCAAAGCAAGCCGACGCGAUCAAUGACCCAACCCUCGGCCAACCAGAGUCGCCAGCCACCUGUGAGACGACACCCAUCCGAGCCACAGGGCCGUUCAUACACUCCAUACACACGAUCCGGUGUCCCAACAGCCCGUUGCGAGUCCUGCUCACUGUCCAUCUCAGGCAAGAUCGUCACCGCUGGAGGAUGCCGAUUCCACCCCGAAUGCUUCGUCUGCCACCACUGCCAUACUGCCCUGGAAUGUGUGGCCUUCUACGAGGAGCCGGAAGCAUCCCGAGCAGAGAGGUUGGCGCAUAACCCCGACGAAGAGGCGCAUAUCCCGCGGUUCUACUGCCACUUGGAUUUCCAUGAGCUUUUUAGUCCUCGCUGCAAAAGCUGUAAGACACCCAUCGAGGGCGAGGUCGUCGUUGCAUGUGGCGCAGAAUGGCACGUUGGCCACUUUUUCUGCGCCGAAUGUGGUGAUCCCUUCAACUCGACAACCCCCUUCGUCGAGAAAGACGGUUUCGCAUGGUGUCUCCAAUGCCACGGCCGUCGCACUGCGCCCCGUUGUCUGGGAUGUAAACAGCACGUCCUUGACGAUCUGGUCAUCACCGCUAUCGGCGGACAAUGGCACGAGCGUUGCUUUGUCUGCCACGAGUGCGGUGACGGGUUUGGACCCGAGGGCCGCUUCUUUGUUCGUGAGGGUGAACCGAAGCGUACUGCCAAGGGUCGGAUUAUUGGUGGACCUGUGCAGUUGGCUAUUUGUGAACGAUGUGAGGGUAUUCGUCUCAAGGCUCCUGGGAUGUGUUGA